UUGACAAAAUGUGGCCCAGGCAAAAUCAGCUGGGGGCAGGCAGGUCAGGGUGGAACGUGCAGGCUGCAGAGCAUCCAUGGGACUGGAGAAGAAGGAGCCCCCAAGUUGGGGGCUCGCCAGCAUUUCUUGUUGGAAUACAAUGGAAUCCUUUAUGAUGCCAGUGUCAAGCACUGGUCUGAAUUCCCUUAUGCUGUAAGACAACAAGGCUCUGUCACCCAAGGUCCUGGAUGUCGGGGAUACAAUUUUGCUCAUGAUUUAUUCAAACUGAUGUUUUGAUGAGCCAUUUGAGCACAGGGUACAAUGUAUUUUGGAUCAAAGAAAAUCCAGUAUUAAAAGAUAGUAACUGACAGAAUUUUGGGUCACUUCAUAGAUCACCACCGAGACGGGAGGAAGACCUUGCUUUGGAGAGUGGGAAUAAAACACUCGUGGAGAAGGGUACACGCUUUUCCAGGAAAGUGAGGCCACCAUGGCUCUGGAGAAGUCCCUCGCCCUGCUCCCUCUGCUAAUCCUGGUGCUGCUGGUGCUGGGCUGGGUCCAGCCUUCCCUGGGCAAGGAAUCCCGGGCCAAGAAGUUCCAGCGGCAGCACAUGGACUCAGACGGUUCCCCCAGCAGCAACCCCACCUACUGCAACGACAUGAUGAGGCGCCGAAAUAUGACACAGGGACGGUGCAAACCAGUGAACACCUUUGUGCACGAGCCCCUGGUAGAUGUCCAGGAUGUCUGCUUCCAGGAAAAGAUCACCUGCAAGAACGGGCAGGCCAACUGCUACAAGAGCAGCUCCAGCAUGCGCAUCACUGACUGCCGCCUGACGAACGGAUCCAGGUACCCCAACUGUGCAUACCGGACCAGCCAGAAGGAGAGACACAUCAUUGUGGCCUGUGAAGGGAGCCCGUAUGUGCCUGUCCACUUCGAUGCUUCUGUGGAGGACUCCACCUAAGGUCAGAGCAGUGAGAUACCCCGCCUCCCUCAACCUCUUCAUUUCCACAGCUGCCUCUCUCCUCUUCCUUCCCUGCUGUGAAAGAAGUAACUCCAGUUAGGGCUCCUAUUCAACACACACAUGCUUCCCGCUCCUGGGUCCCACCCCCGCGUGAUUUUGGGGGUGAAGAGUGGGUUGUGAGGUGGGCCCCGUGUUAAUUCCUCCACUCUUCCUUUUAAUAAAACAUAGUUGCAAACACCUGA